AUGAUGGCUUUGAGUUCCAACGAAUCCUUCCUAUUUCGCGGCCGCACUCCCUCCUCGGUUAAAUCGCUUUCUUUCUCUCUCUUCUCUCUGGGCUUCUUUGCUCUUUUUUUUUGUUGUUAUUUUUUCUCCCUCGCUUGUCUUUCGUCUUCGGUGCCGUGGGACUGAGAGCUCCUCUUGGAGCGCCCAAUCAUUGGUUUUUAGGCAGCAGCCCUUCUGCUGAUUUUGAGGUGAUUGGGUUUGUUCCCCUUGCUUCCCACCUCCCUUUCUUUUCCAUUGGGUCGAUUUUUUUCCCCCAUUUUUCUCUAUUUUGUAGAUUUCUUUCCCCUUUUGUUAGUGAGAGAUUUGGGCGAUUUAGCGAUCUGAGUUUAUUUAUUGUAGUCUAAAUCUGCUCCAUUUGCGGCCUUUGUGCUAUAUCGUGCUUCAUUUCGAUGGCUCUGGCUCUUUCGGGCCGUCUUGGUAUUUUAACGCGUUUUUGGUGCUUGUGCGAUUUGGGUGGUUUGGUUGAUCGAGUUCUCUUGGUAGCUUCUUAAAAAUCGGAACUUUUUAAAUCUUCAUUUUUCCUUCUCAGCGAUCGAGGUAGAAUUUUAGAGAAAAAUCUCUUUCGUUUUAUUCAGUUGGUGCGGGCAAUUGCUUCUCCGAGGAGGAAUUGAAGAUCAAAGAAGCCUUGUUUCCGAACUGGGGGAAGGAUCGAAUCCAUCAUGGCUGGGGCACACGACAACGCCACCAUGAUCGAUGACUGGACGACUCUUCCGGAAUCCCCAGCCCAAGGACGUUUUUGUCCACUUUUUUGAACGAGGAAUACGGUUCGAGAUCAUUCUCUGAUCUCUCGGCAGAGAAUGGGAAUGAGGGGCCGCCGCCUGGAUCUGAGAAACAGAAAACGUUUACGGAUCCAAAAGAAGAAAAGGUUCAGGUGGGGGUCCAGUACUCGAGCGAUCUCUCAUUAGCACCGAGGCCUGUUCGUGCCCGCAAAUCAAGCUCGCAAGGGGGUCUUGCUGAGAGGAUGGCGGCAAGGGCCGGAUUUAAUGUUCCGAAGCUCAAUAUGGUUCGCAUUUCAUCAGCCAGCGUGGGAUCAUCAUCCUCAUAUGUUCAGUCUCCUUAUCUGACGAUUCCACCUGGUCUCAGCCCGGACAACAUUGCUGGAGUCUCCAGUUUUUCUUUCUAAUUCUAUGGCUCAACCAUCUCCAACUACAGGAAAGUUUCCCAAUUGCCGCAGCAUGAUAAUUCAAACACAGUCAACAACCUCGGUUUCAGCAUGUCCUAAUAAAAGGUGAAAGAUUACUCACUCGAAGAUGUUCGUGAAGCUUUUGCCUUCAAGCCUCAUCUGGAUUCAAGUUCCUCAUAUUUUUCAAGUGCAGAAAAGAAGCAGUCAUUACCAAGUAUAGGGGUUUCUGUUCAAUCAGGAAAACAUAUUCAAACACCAAGUCUAGAAACUGGCACUUUGAACUUGCAAAAUCAACAGCAAUUCAACCUUCAGGCUGGCUUUUCUGACUCAGCUGAUAGAAAAAGAUGCCACUGAUGACAUCAUGUUCGACCAGAGGAUGUCUGAUUCCUUUAUGGGAAAUGGACAUUCACCACCUCCUGAUGACCAACAAGAUGGUGAAGCUGCUCCAAAAGGUGAACUUUCUUCUGUGGCUCUGGGUGCACCUGCUGAGGAUGGAUACAAUUGGAGAAAAUAUGGGCAGAAACAGGUAAAAGGUAGCGAAUACCCACGGAGUUACUAUAAAUGCACCCACCCGAAUUGCCAGAUGAAGAAGAAGGUGGAGCGCUCACAUGAAGGCCACAUCACAGAGAUAAUCUACAAGGGUGCUCACAAUCACCCCAAGCCUCCUCCGAAUCGCCGAUCUGGUGUUCCAUCCUUCCACCCAUUCAAUGAUCCACAGGUUGAUGGUUCAGAACAACCUGGUUCACAGGCCAGCUUUGAUGGCAAGCCCUUAUGGGCAACAAGCACACAGAAUGGAACUGGAGGCCAAGAAUGGCGAGGUGAUGGCCUGGAAGCAACAUCAUCUGCUACUGUUGCUGCUGAACUCUGCAACCCAUCUACAUCCAUACAGACACAAAAUGGCCCUCGCUUUGAAUCCCAGGAUGUCCUAGAUGUUUCGUCUGCUCAAUCCAAUGAGGAAGAGGAGGAUGAUCAGGCAACUCAUGGCAGUGUCUCACUGGGUGGUGAUGGUGAGGGGGAUGAGACAGAGUCAAAAAGAAGAAAGCUUGAUGCUUGUGCAAUUGAAAAUGCUGCUUCUAGAACAGUUCGUGAACCAAGGGUUGUGGUUCAGACAACAAGUGAGGUCGACAUCCUUGAUGAUGGGUAUCGUUGGCGCAAGUAUGGACAAAAGGUGGUCAAGGGAAAUCCAAAUCCAAGGAGCUAUUACAAGUGCACAAAUCCAGGAUGCACAGUUCGAAAGCAUGUGGAGAGGGCAUCGCAUGAUCAAUCAGUGAUUACAACCUAUGAGGGAAAGCACAACCAUGAUGUCCCUGCUGAGAACAGCAGUCACCCAAACUCUGCACCCUCUGGAACAGCCGGCAACUCUGCUUCCCAAUCUCAUAGCCUUCACCGAAGACCGGAGCCAACCCAAGAUGGACUGGUCAGGUUCGAUGCCCCUACACCACUUGGCACAUUUUGCCUGCCUGGACGGGAACAGCUAGGACCAGCCACCGCUUUCUCUUUCGGGAUGGGUCAGCAAGGCCUGGCAAGGCUUGCGAUGGCUGGAUUAGGCCCUGUGGCCUCAAUGAACAUGCCGGUUCUUCCUCCGGUCCAUCCUUUUCUGAGGCAUCAUCAGGCUUCUGAAGCAGGGUUCAAGAUACCAAAAGGAGAGCCCAAGGAGGAACCCAUUUCAGAGUCCAGGCCGCCAAUAUCAAAUGGAGGGUCAGCAUAUCAUCAGAUGAUGAGCAGGCUACCUCUAGGACCUUAGCUGUAAAUAAUAUGUUGAGAAAAUAGAUGUUCCCAUACACCUGAAAAAGUGGGGAGAGAAAGUUCUUGUGCUCUUUUUUCUUCUAGGUGCAGAGAAUGCAAAACACCCUUGCUUUCUUUUUGAUAAGUGGCACAAUUUAUAGCAGAAUAUUUGGGCAGUGGUUCCAAUGUUGAUUGAAUUGUAUUAUGCUAAAGGAGAUAGAGCUUAUCAAGAUUCUGCCAUCUAUCAAAUCUGUAGCUUUCAUCCAGUAAUCCAAGAUUACUCUUAUUAUACAGUUUACAGAAGCCAGAACCAUACAACUAGUAAGGUGGCGCGCAACUCUGGUGGAUUUGGAGCCCUGCUACUGUCUGGAGGAUAGAAGAUUUGCGAACCCUCAGGGAUGAGCAUGACAUGUAAGUGGUUUCUGCGGGACAGAUGGCUUGCGAGGUGAAGACCAAGCUCAUGUGGAUGGCUGCAGGACAGAUGGCUUGCUAGGUCCUGAUAGACCUAGCACAUUGCUUUGUGCUUACUCGACUGGACCAGAAGCCCAAGUGGUUGGCUAUAAAGCUUCAGGGAUUUCUCAAAAAGCGCUUUAGAUUUAGGGAAUUCAGUGAUAUUUUGAAGUGUCAGGUGAAUUGUAGUGAGUUGGGUGUAGGAAUUCUGUAUUUCUGUAAGCCUUUUAUAUGAUGUUUGAGUGGUGCAUGUUUCCCCAUUUCAAUUUAGCUGGCAUUUACAGAAUUGAGUCCAAGAUGUUUUGUUAAAUAUCAUUGAGUCAAAAUAGAGCGUUUGUGGUUGAACUUAAAUUAUAAGUUGAUCUAUUUUGAAGGACAUUUUGUAAAA